GGGAAGUCUAGGCAGACUUUCAGGUGCUGCGUAAAAAUCCUUCUUUCAGACUCUGCUGUGUAGGUUCUACCUACAGACUCGAGGAGUGGAGGGGCUGCCUGUGAGGUUAAUUUCAGGACAAAUUUAAUUCCAAGCUUUGAACACGGACGUAUAGAGUGGAACAGGCUCCAGAGCAUCAGCUAGCUGCCAGAGCACCAGGAGUGUUGACAGCCAGUUAAAGCGGCUGCUUUUAUAUGAGAAAGAUCAGAUCAGAUCAGAUCAGCUCAGAGGAAUCAUGUUUGAGAACUUCAGAGAAAGACUUCACAUGGUCCAGCAGGAUUUCACGACGGGCUUCAAGACCCUUGGAGACAAAUCAAGAGACACCAAAAUCAGGAGGAGACCUAGGUUUGAAGAAAGCCUUCCACAUUUCAGUGCUGGACUGGACAUCCUCAGCAGGUAUGAGGAGAGCUGGUUUCUGCUCCAUAAAAGAACUAACGACUGUGCUCAGGCUGCAGAGGCAGUAGAUGAGGACAUAGUGAUGCUGUCAGCACACUGGGAGAGAAGAAGAGCAGCUCUGAAUCAACUACAGGAACAACUGCAAAGCCUGCCGGCCUUCAUCAGUGAGCUAGAGGCCAUCACUGCGAACAUCGCUCACUUGGAGGGUGACUUUGAGGAGAUGGAGAGCAGACUGGUAUACCUGGAGACGCUGUGCUGUCAGUGUGAACAACAGACAUUCAAACAAAAUCAUAUCUACCAACUAGAAGUCUAUCAGAAAAAGAAGAGGAGGGAGGUGGAGGCUCUGGAAGUGGAACUGAAUUCUGAACAUGCUCAGAAGGUGGCAGAGCAGGAGCAGGUGGUGCAGCAGAAACUGAGAGAACGACAGAAAGUGUAUGAAGAAGCCUUUAACCAAGAUGUGCAGCAAUACCUGACCACUGGAUACCUACAGCACAGAGAGCCAACAGGAGCUGAUGUGCGUGUUCUGGAUCAGAUGACAGUAACUAACAUAUCAGACCAGGAGGCUUUGGAUGACUUCCUCAACUCCACAGGUGAUGACAUCAGUACAGGGUCAUCUCUGACCUCAGGUCCAGACCUUGAGUCCUGCUCUUCUGACUCUGAAAUGAAAAGCCAAAUAAUCCAAGCCCCUCCCACAAACAACCAAGCCUCCAGCCGGGAUGCAGUAUGGGAGCAAGAAGAAGAAGCUGCCAGUGAGGAGAGUGAUGAGCCUCUGGUGCAGUCAGACGAGGAGGACGUUCAGCCUGAUAUGUCACUGGUUGGUCUACAGGAUGUUGGCACAUUGAGGGGCUCUGAUGAGAGUGACCCUGUAGAGGAUCUGCCCUCUGGGUAACCUAGCAACCAGACCCUGGAAACUCCUUGGAUACUAUGUAAACACUAACUGCUGUUACCCUCUGCUUUGACUCCACACAGCCCCCAUCUGCUGCCAACAUGAGCCAGCACUCUGAAGGCUGAGGUCAGAGACUGCUUUCUUCAGAUUUGAUAGGAAAAAUUCCAAAUGUCCAUAUGGUAGGGACACUGUCAUUAAUCCCAACUAAUUGAGACAUUGUCGGUUCACCGUUUACCCAAAUGGAAUGAUAAACAACUCUGUGUAUAGAGACAAAUCAAAGGUAAUUAGAGAAAGACUUAUUUCCUUUGGUAUAAAGCAUCUUCAUCUAGCUGGGGAUAUGACAGGUCUGUUAGUUGUCUAAAGCCUAAAUCUGUGUAACAUCGCUGCGUUCACAAGUUACAGUAACUUCUAACCUUUUUUAGGUUUGGCCAAAUCUACAGUAUCUGUAAGAAAUUCUCUUCAUUAAUUGCUGACUCAAAUUCUUCAAGGAUUUAUUGUACUUUUUAUUUCUCUUUGUGCUUACUAAUGUGCAUAAAACAGCUGGUGCAGACACCAUACUGUAGAUGAAACAGCUGGUGCCCAUGUCCACCACAGCAGGGCAGUGUUGAUGUGCUGGUGGCCUUGAUGAUGCUGAUAAACGCAUUGAUAUCACAAUAAAGUUGUUCUGUAAACAACAAGACUUCUUCACUUCUCUGUGCACCUGUGUGAAGUUGCCACAACUCAUGAUGUACUGGUCAGCCUUAACAAAGAACGAGCUGUACUUCAAAUCUAGAGAAGAGGGGGCGACAGACGCAACAAGUCUCAUAUGAUAAGGCUGGUGAGAUUCUAUAUUUGACGUGAAAUGACCCCACUAGCAAGCAUUGUCUGUUUAUCCAAAGCCUGAUAUAUCUUAUUGCUCUGUGUCAUAGAGCUCCACUGUUAUCCCAAAAAUACUGAAAUCAUCAAUGACGAGCCGAUCAUACAGAAACCCGCUGUGUUAAAAAGUACAAAAGGCUGAGCUGUGUUUUAGGCGUACUGGGAGGAUGACGGCUCAUCACUGCACAGCUGUAGAAUAACACCUCAUGGAUCUUUGAACAUUUCUCGGUUUUAUUUUGUUUAAACACUAUUUUGUCUGACAAAAAGAUAAACAAGUCUGUUUUGUCCUUACACAUUUAAUAAAAAUAUCAAUCUGUCUGUAUAUCAUG